GCCCGCCGCUGCCCGCCAUGCUCCUUGCGAGGCUCCACUUCUCAUCCUCCCUACUCGCACCCAAGCCGCUCUCCAAUUCCACAUCCAGCCCCAAUCAUGUCAAGCCAAUCACUGCCUCUCCCUCCUCCCGCCGCCGCCUCCGCAUCUCCGCCACAUCCACGAUCGAUUCGCCGGCGGCGAAGGCGCUGAGCCGCGUAGACGUCCUCUCGGAGGCGCUCCCCUUCAUCCAGCGCUUCAAGGGCAAGACGGUGGUGGUCAAGUACGGCGGCGCCGCGAUGAAGUCCCCCGAGCUCCAGGCGUCCGUGAUCCGGGAUCUCGUCCUCCUCUCCUGCGUAGGCCUCCGGCCCAUCCUCGUCCACGGCGGCGGCCCCGAGAUCAACUCCUGGCUGCUCCGCGUCGGGGUCGAUCCGCAGUUCCGCAACGGCCUCCGCGUCACCGAUGCGGUCACUAUGGAGGUCGUAGAGAUGGUGCUCGUCGGCAAGGUCAACAAGAAUCUUGUAUCCCUCAUAAACGUCGCCGGCGGCAUUGCCGUCGGCCUCUGCGGCAAGGACGCGCGCCUCAUCACGGCGCGCCCUUCCCCCAACGCCGCAGCACUCGGCUUCGUUGGGGAAGUCGCGCGCGUGGAUGCCACAGUCCUCCACCCCAUCAUCGCCUCUGGUCACAUCCCGGUCAUCGCCACCGUUGCUGCCGAUGAGACCGGGCAGGCCUACAAUAUCAACGCCGAUACGGCGGCAGGUGAGAUUGCUGCUGCGGUGGGUGCUGAGAAGUUGCUGCUGCUUACAGAUGUGUCAGGGAUACUAGCGGAUCGCAAUGACCCUGGGAGCCUGGUGAAGGAGAUUGAUAUCGCUGGGGUGCGGCAGAUGGUAUCGGAUGGGCAGGUAGCUGGUGGAAUGAUCCCAAAGGUGGAGUGCUGCGUGCGAGCCCUCGCCCAGGGCGUGCACACUGCAAGCAUCAUCGAUGGACGUGUCCCGCACUCGCUGUUGCUCGAGAUUCUCACAGACGAGGGCACUGGCACCAUGAUCACUGGCUAAGGUACUUAUAAUUUCUGUCGCCGUCCCAGGUGCAGAGUGAUGGUUCGAACUGUGAAACCAAGUGGAUGGGGAAAAGGGCUACAAUUUGUCACCGCUGCAUCAAGGCCGAAUUAUGCUAGCCAUGAGGAGCUGGGAGACUGAGAUGGUUGAGCCCUGGGUUACACCAUUUAUAUUGCAGGGAGCAUAUCUCUGUUCUCCACCAUGGCGUGGGCAUAGUGAACUCCACUCACAUCUAAAAGAACGGUGCCUUUUUUUAGUGUUCAAGUACUGCAUGUGUGGGGACUGUUCCGCUGCUACAUUCUUCAUUUCUGUUCUUGGAUGAGGAUAUUUUGAAGGGAGAACAGGAAAGCUCUAUCUCCUGUGCUGGUCGUUGUUGCAGAAUCUAUUCCCUAUUAUGUUGCAUAUUUUAUUUCAUUUUGUGAGACUGAAUAUGUUAAUGAUGUUUUUUUUAUC